AAUCUAAAAAUAUGUUGAAAAAAGGAAGUCGAGACCCCCAAUCAAGCACUCGGGGGCUCUGCAAAACAGUAACGCAGAAUAGAUAUAAACGCGUGUAUAUGUAGGGGAAUAGAGAGAGAGGGAGUGAUGAGAGAGAUGAAGAAAUCUGGAGCGGAAAAGAAAAGGGUGCGGAAAUCCGACAAUAGGGAUCCCAACACCGACACACCUCCUAGGAAACAAGCUGCCAAGAAGGAUGUAUUUCAGUUGUUUGCAGAGAAGGUGAGAAACCACAAAGAAUUGGAAUCUAGGUGGGCUGUCUUACAGGAGACACGCGUGGAAUAUUUCAGAGGAAAGGAUUUUGUUAGCUUUCUGAAAAAGCAUCCUGAGCUCAAAGAUAUACUAGAAUCUGAUAGCAAUACAGAGAUAGAUGACAUUGCCAAUAUUCUACUGAGCAAGAAUCUAUUAGUGCGAUGUGAUCGUGUGGUGAAAACUCUUCGGCCUGGGAAGAGAAAAUUGUCUACAUGGCCUGCACAUUUAGAGAUUUUCCCUGAUCAAAUCUUUUCCGAAAAUGAUGCCUUUUUUGCAUGGACUUUCGUAAACCGACGGCCACUGUGGCAAACGCUUUUGUCAUUUUUCUGGCCUGUGUUGACGCUAGCAAUCUGCUUGUUUCCUGUAUAUCCCCAUCAGGCCAAGCUACUCAUACUCUACUCCUGUGCUGGGAUUCUGCUGCUUAUACUUUCUCUGCUUUCAUUAAGAGCUGCGAUCUUUGGUGCAAUAUGGAUUCUUCUCGGAAAGAGUGUAUGGUUUUUCCCCAACAUCCUCGCAGAGGAAGCUACACUUCGUGAGUUAUUCCGUUUCUGGCCUAAGAAAGAGGAGGGGGAGCGACCGAAAUGGACAGCAAGGCUUUUCUAUGCUGUUGUGGCUGUGCUGGUUAUAUUACUUCUGAGGCACCAUGCACCUGAUGAGGCUGCCAGAGCCAGGUAUCAAAAACGGGUUUAUAACAUCAUUGAUGAUGUUCUCGAGUGGUCACCAAGUUUGGCUUUGUCUGGGAUGAUGGAAAAGCAGCAAACCGUGGUUAACACCACCGAUCCCAACAACAAUUUUACUGAUGGGACCAAAGAAAGUACCGAAAAGGCGGUCCACCCUAAUGACAUGGACGAAGAAAUCUUUUCAGAGCAACAGGUUGAUGAGGACGAUAUUCGAAACGUAGAGGACACUGAAUCACCGUCAACAUCACAAUGAUGUAACAUUAUAGAACAUGGAAUAUGAGAAGCAGACAACAGAUUACAGUUUCUUUCUUUCUUUCUUUUGAACUCUUUUCUGGUUUCUGGUAUUGAUUUAUUCGAGUGUAGAACUGUGUAAUCUACCAUGAUAAUAAGUGUUGGUCUCAAAUGUGGUAUUUUGAUCGAAGUUUGGAAUUUUUU